CACUACUCCCUACAGGCUUGACGGAGUUCAGUCUUUUGUGAGGGAAUUUGUCUCAAUUCCAUCAAGUCAUGCCUCAACUGGAUAAAUUCACUUAUUUUACAACAAUUUUCUGGUCAUGCCUUUUCCUCUUUAUCUUCUAUAUUUCCCCCAUAUGCAUGAAUGGGAGAUGGAGUUACUGGGAUCAGCAGAAUUUUCUAAAACUACGGAACCAACUGGUUUCAACACCGGGGGAAACAUCCGGAAGCAACGACCCCAACAGUUUGGAAGAUAUCUUGGAGAAAAAGGUUUUAAGCAAUCGUGUUAUCCUAAUAUGUACUCUAGUUUUAUUCGAAGUAUCCAAAUGGUGUAUAACGCUGUCGACUGAUUAAUUGGGAAAAAGGGAGGAAAAUCAACUUUGAAUCUCUUGUUUCGGAGAAAUAAGUGGAUCACCGAGGAAUGGAAAGAAACAAUAUUCUUUUGAUCUCGGAAGGGGUCCUCAUAUAGCAUUUUCUUCUAAUCCUGAUGGGGGAUCACUUGUAGGAAUGACAUAG